AUGGUUAGGGCUGCACCGUUAAGGCUGCAAGAAACCCAGAGGGAGGAAGCCCCAGUGAGAUCAGCGGGGCUUGCCUCCAAGCAAGGCGUGCGCAGAACCGCCGCUCUGCGCGAAAACAAACAACCCAAACCCCCCGUUAAACAGCAGCCGCAACCGAACUCCGAGUCUGCGUUCCACUCGCGGCUCGCACUUUCGAGACCGCCCCUCGCCGCAGCAGCGGCGGCGGCACCGCCUCCUCCUGCCUCUUUGCCGACCGCCCCUAAACCCGCAGUUCCGCCGAGCCCCUGCCCCGCCCUCCAUCUCUUUUUUAAAACAGACGCCGGCGAGCGCAGCGCCCCCUGCCGGCCCCCUGUCGAAGCCGCAGGGGCGGCGCUGGUCCCUGUGUGA